GUUCUGGAAGGCUUCCUUCAACAGCUACCGCCCCGUUUCCUGGUUUUUCCUUUCCGUUUCAACAACAACUACCGCCCCCGGUUUUCAUGAACUUUAUCUAUUCUACGCUGUCUUCACAUCUUCGGUAUUUCUCCUUUACUCCGCCCAGAGAUCCGCAAGCAAGAGAGAGAGAGAGGAGAUAUGUCGAUGCCGGCCCGGAGCGACGUUCAUCUGCCACCGGAGGAGGCGGCGAAGAUAGAGGCGGAGGCGCGGGCGUAUUUCCAAGGGAUCGCCCCCAAGCGCCACUCCAAGCCCUCUCGGAGUGAAUACUCCCCCGUCUAUUCCGACGCCCUGACCCCUUCUGAUGAAGAUUCCAUCCCCGAGCUCGACAAGCUCCGAGAUCUCCAGGCCGAUCCCCAGAAACUGGUUUGCGAUGGUGGUGAGGUGGUAGAGGAAUUCGUGGAGACAGAGUAUUACAAGGAAUUGAAUUGCAUCGACAAGCAACACCACACGACUGGAACAGGGUUCAUCAAGAUAGAGAAAUCCAAUGGCAGCUGCAUUGAUCUUGGACCAGUCUCCCCUGCAUCUGGCCGCAACGUGUCCUGCAAGGGAAAUCCAGCAACAAAUGAAUGGAUUCCAUCUGCUGACACGGUGGCUCCAAUCUCUAACAAACCUAAUAGGAGUGAUGUAUGACUUGUUUAAUUAUGGAUCCCUAUCGUCAAGAGAUCUCUUCCAGCAAUUUGGCAUGGCAUUCUAUAAAUACUUGAGUGCAAGUGACAUUUCUGUCAGUUAGUUCGUGUGCAACUAAGAUUUGUCAGUUUUGUUCUCUAAAUAUGAAUAUGAGCUGGAACAGUUCAAUUUUAGCAGCAUGGUGUACUGCAAUCUUUCCAUUGUCAUGCAGCUUGUUCAGGG